CCAAAAAGUAGGUUAAUGUUCCAUUUACUUGAAUUCAGGUCCAAUUUUCAGUCCAAACAUUUGAAAUCAGAAUAGAUUGUUUACAAACCAAAUUGAAUAGCAAAAUAACACUCACUAAUUACUCAUGUAAAACGGUAAAAUAACUUUGAACAUUAAGAUGAAUAUAUCAUUAAAUCGCAAAAAUAUGUUUUUAUUUUGAAUAUGACCUUAUGACCUCAUUUGAUUAUAAUUAUGACCUCAUUAUGAUUUUACCUUUUAAACCCUUCAGUUUUGUUCAUCUUUUAGGUCGUGUUUACAUUUUACAGCUGGCUAUAUGUCAACUUAUGAAUUUCGGGGAUGUGAUAUUUUGAUUUUCCAAAAACGCACUCGCUCAAUCACUUCACUUCCAUUACCCACAGACGACGAAAGUCUCCGCUGUUUUUCCAAGUAUGAACUAUCCUGAUUAUGUGAUUCAGCGAGACCUAGGGAUGAGACCUAGUGCAAUCAAAUUUUUAUAUCAUAAACCUACUAUGUUCCAAAUUUCGUGAGAAUCGUUAGAGCCGUUUUCGAGACCCGGUGAAAUACAAACAUAUAAACAUCCAAACAUCUAAACAUAUAAACAGAAAUUGCUUGUUUUAUAGCAUAGGAUUCCCUCAAAAUACAAAACUGAAAUUACUAUACUGAAUAAAUGGUGUGUUAAGUAGCUUACAUACAGGAAGCAGAGCAACUGAGUAAAGACGUAACAAAAACUCAAGUUCCCCUUAAAGACGAUAAAUACGAAGUAUUAUAAUAGUGUUGUUCAUAUAGCGAAGUGAUAGCAACGAAACUAGAAAAAGAUGUUGAAAAUGUUCAUGCAAUCUGAUUGCUCUCUGUACAACUUUGUAACCAGCUGAUCAAUAAAAGCUUAAUAAAACAUAAACAUUUGAAAUUGAAGAAUUCGCAAAAAUGUUCACCUUACUUAUCAGUUAAUCUGUGGCAUUUAGAGUUGAUAAAUCAUUUUUAGAAAACUUCUGAAAUUGAAAUUAAUCUUUGAUUACCAACGCAUGUUUGAUAUCCAGUGCAUUUUGAUAAGUAUUCAGUUCUUGAAAAAAAAUUUAAUUUUGAAUAUUUACAUUUCACUAGAGCAGAAAUACCAUUAUAUUUGACAAAAUGUAUUGAGACAACAUGAACAGCUAUGAAGAUAAUUCUACAAACUUAUACGAGUACACAACACCUAAAACACUGACAACUGUGGCGGCUAAUUGGAAGCCAUGGGAUAGUCAUGGAUAUGACGAGAAUGUCAACCAAACUGAUGACAGCUACUACUAUUUUCGACAACACUUUUAUCAGAUUUCUCUGCCUUACAUUCGUUGCUGCGAUAAAAGGUUUAACAAAACCUUUUGGAGUAUUGACUAUUUUAUAAUGUUUGCAUUUACAUUACUGUUAUUUAUAGCGUUUGGGUAUUUAGGUGAUACCGUUUUGAGAUUCUCGAUGGCGAUUUUUGGAUUAGCAUGUUUGGGAGACACUAUUGUGCGCUUUUCUUCAAUUUUGGCGCCGAUUUUGACCAGCAAUUAUUGGAAUCAUAGCAGGUGGAACCCGUGGGACUGUUAUAUUGAAGAUGUUCUCUUGAUUUUGUCUUACAUCUACACGGUUAUAGUGAUGGAUAGUUAUAGUGGUAUGAUUAGCUCAAGUAAUUAAUUGAUUGUUUAUAUAGUACCUAGUUUGGUGGAGAAUAAUAAUAUAUGAAAAACUGAAUGAGAAGGAAUAAGAUAAGAAUUGAUAGAAAAUGCAUUAUAAAUGGAAAAUAUGGUUGAAGAUUAGGCCUAUAUACUCGUGUGUAAAGGGAAGAAAAAGGCGACGAGGACGAGAGAAAAAUAGGUAGGAGAAAUGCAAAUAGAAUAAUAACAAUAAAUUGGGAUACUAAAAGUAAGUACUGGAAGUAAAUUGGAGUAAUGGAAGUAAGAUAUGAAUGGAAAAGAGGGCAAAAAGAAUAUAAUUUAAUUUUAGUAACAAGCAAAAGUUAUAUUAUCUGUUUUAUGACUUGAUUGUCUUACAACCGAUCGGUUCAUUGUUUAAAGUUAAUCAAAUGCUCUUCAUCGAUUAUAAAAGAAUAUUUUUAUGUAUGAAUAAUUUAAUAAAUAAAACGUGUAUGUAUGGGAAUGUGCCACUUUUUAUGUUUAUGUUU